UCGGUGUCUGCGCUUGCCGCUGCCGCGGGGCCGGCACAGUGCUUCCGCAAGUCGGAAAGCGGGCCGAGACCCCGGUCGCCGGCGGGGCAGCCAUGGAGGCAGCGGCGCGGAGGCGGCAGCAUCCGGGAGCGGCGGGUGGCGCGGCCGCGCAGCCUGGCGCCUCCUUCCUGCAGGCUAGGCACAGUGCCGUCAAGGCUGACGAAGCUGCUGGCACAGCUCCCUUCCACCUUGACCUCUGGUUCUACUUCACCCUGCAGAACUGGAUUCUGGACUUUGGCCGCCCCAUUGCCAUGCUGGUGUUCCCUCUCGAAUGGUUUCCACUCAACAAGCCCAGCGUGGGGGACUACUUCCACAUGGCCUACAACAUUAUCACGCCCUUCCUCCUGCUCAAGCUCAUGGAGCGGUCCCCUCGCACGCUGCCCCGUGCCAUGAUCUACCUCAGCAUCAUCACCUUCGUCAUGGGCGCCAGCAUCCACCUGGUGGGCGACUCCGUGAACCACCGCUUGCUCUUCAGUGGCUACCAGCACCACCUGUCCGUCCGGGAGAAUCCCAUUAUCAGGAACCUCAAGCCAGAGACGCUGAUCGACUCCUUCGAGCUGCUCUACUACUACGACGAGUACCUGGGCCACUCCAUGUGGUACAUCCCCUUCUUCCUCAUCCUCUUCAUGUACUUCAGUGGUUGUUUCACUCCCACCAAAGCCGAGAGUUCAAUGCCAGGGGUGGCCCUGCUCCUGGUGGUGCCCAGUGGCCUGUACUAUUGGUACCUGGUCACCGAGGGCCAGAUCUUCAUCCUCUUCAUCUUCACCUUCUUCGCCAUGCUGGCCCUCGUCCUGCACCAGAAGCGCAAGUGCCUCUUCCUGGACAGCAACGGCCUCUUCCUCUUUUAUUCCUUCGCCCUCACCCUCCUGCUUGUGGCGCUGUGGGUCGCCUGGCUGUGGAAUGACCCUGUACUCAGGAAGAAGUACCCGGGUGUCAUCUAUGUCCCUGAGCCCUGGGCCUUCUACACCCUCCAUGUCAGCAGCCGACGCUGAGUCCCCGGCACCAGCCAUUCAGCAGUGCUCUGCCUGGUGGGCGAUGGGCCAGAGAGUGUGUCUGAGCAGGGAGUGUAUGUGUGCGUGUGUGCGUGUGUGCGCCUACGUGUGUAUCUGCCCGUGUGUGUGCAGUUGUAACACAGGGAUACACAUUGUGCACAGGGAUGGGAUGUGUGUAUGUGUGUGUAACUGGUAACUGAGAACACGUGCACAAGGACAGGUUGUGUGCGCGUGUGUGUGUGUGUGCAUAUGUACAGAGUGCCUCAUUGUAAUAUGCAAUUAUUUGGAUCAAGUUUCUCUUUUGGUUUGGAUCUUUUCAGGCUGGGCUAUAGUUUGAAGCCGUAUGUCCAGGCCAAGGUCUGGGCCCUGCCCUCUCGUGCAUCUGACUGGAGUGGGUCACUCUCACUGCUCAGGGCUGGUGUCUUCCUAGGGAGGCUUCUGGUAGCCAUGCUGAGUAGGCCUGGUGGGCGGGGCAGCAGCCAUGAGGGGACUGGUCUUGUCUUCUGCCACCAGGCUCACCCCUCAGACCUGCCCUGACCCUGGAGGCCGGAUUACAAAGGUUAAGUUAACUUCCUGCAUAUUCUUGAACAAAGCACAUCCCUCCUCUGGGCCUCCUUUGUACUGGCUGGGACCUAGGCCCAAAGUGUGUCUGUGCUGGUUGUUGGGGCAGCCUUGGGAUGGACGGAUCGUUCUCUCCUGUCACCGCCCUCUGCUACUCCGGGAAGUGUAUGUGCGCCGCAGAUCCUCACCCAAACUCACGUCACGUGGAGUGCUGCACUGCCCCGAGAGAGAGCCAGAGGCCAGCCCACUCCCCUGACCGCCGUUUCCGUCUGCCCGAAGCUGUCUCCCUGCUGCUCACCGUAACUGUGGCACCCUUUCCUGGCACCCUGACCAGGAGGUCUGAGCUGCAGCUGAAUGCUGCAUUCUCAAACACUUGCAGUGUGCCCUAAGCCCCAUUACAGGGCCAGGGGGCCUUUGGAGGAUGUUAGGAGGGGGAUCUGGAGGCUCUCCCCCAGAGACCUUGUCUUAGCCUGAAUUUCAUGCCUUCGGCUCGCAGUCCUGCUUCCAGAAAAAGGAAGCUUCAUUCCCAGUAGGGAAUGAAGUGCCCACCUUCCCCCGGGUCUUGGGGCCAGAUCUGCCCACACAGCUGCCCGCACCAGUCUCAUUUUCCAGCCAGUGCUGGCUCGGUGAGCUUGUGGAUCUCAGGGGGCCUCCUACCUUGCCUUCCCCAGGCCCUGCCUCCUCUCCUGUGUUCUCAGGGAGCCCCGUGCCUCAGAUGCUCCUUUCAUGUUGGGGUCCCUUAGCAGCCCCCUUAGAGGUCCCCAGCCCCGGGUCCCACAGGCAGAGGUGUGAAUAAAGACCAGUGUGGAGCCCAA